AUGGCAAAGUUUAUUAUUUUCGUUUAUUGUGAAGUGCGUGCACCCUAGUAGUAUUUAAAACUGUCAUAAACAUAUGUAAUACAAAUGUAGUACUUCGUUCACAUUGUUAUUUUAUACUUUAAGAAGCAAUAUACGGUAUAAUUUAAAUAACAAACAUACCAUUUAUAGAGAUUAACAUAUGCGAUAAAAAUUACUUUCACGAUCUUGAGUCAAGCGACAAAAAAAAGCUACAUACGUUAAUUUUUCUUAGCAGUCAUUCAGAAAUAUUCUGACACCUUAAUGUUCUCCUAGAUUUCAUUACUAAUUUAUUUACAAAGAAGAUGGUAAGUUCAUUUCAACAACAAAUACCAUUAAUACAUAUUUCUUUUUGUAGCAAGAAGAUGCGUCAAUUGAAAGGCAAGACAAAAGAAACGAAUAAACAGAAAAAAGAGAGGAAAAAGGAAUUUCUAGAGAACAAACAACGUGUUUUUACAGUUGUAUUACCAACCAUUGCUGCAAUAUUUGUUGUAAUAGCAGCGUAUGUUUAUGUUAAAACCCGUCCAAAAGUUGUUGAAUAUUAAUUGGCAUGUGUUCAUUAUUGAUCAUUAAAACAUAAUACAUAAUGUAUCUCAAGAAUGCUUGGACAGUUCCUUGAUACAUUUGUACAACUAAAUAAGAAUUGUUUAAAUAAGAAUGCAGAUUUGAAUGUCUGCUCAUAUGACAUUUCAUUCCUAUCAUUCAAUAAUCAAAUAUAGACAUUGUGUAUUAAUUAUACGACUUUUACAAAAUAUUUUUCAUGCUAAAUGUUAUAAGAUACUGGGAUAUAUAUAUGUACCAAUUAAGGCAGAUGUAAUUAAGACAUUUUUAUUAUAUGAGAAAAAAAAGUACUUGUGCUAUCAUUGAAAGAUCUAUCUCUAUCGAAGUAAUUAGCUUUCAAAUUUGUAUAUUAAAUUGCAGUUUAUUGCAUUUUUCAAACGUAAUUUUAUAAAAUGAUCGACUUCAGUAGAGAAUUACUCCAAUGUGAAAAGGAUAAUUCCAAAAACGUUGCAUUUUUAGCACAAUACAUGUUUUUUCCAUAUGAGUUAUUUUACAUAGUUUUAUGAAAUAUCUAGUAACUUUACUAUUCUUUAAAAUAAGAAUAGAGAAUAUUGUUUUAUAAAAUAUUUGCAUAAUAAAUAUGGAUAUAAAAUAAUC